CUUCCCCCUCCCCCAUUCCCUCCGGUCCUGAUUGGGGGGGGGGGCGGCUGUGAAGCACAGCCCCCCCCAACCCCCAUGGCUACCCGUAGGAGCCAGAGGCGGAAAGGGAGAAGGGGGGCGCUGGGCACCGCCCUGCUACCCACCCUGGUCCUGGCCCUGGGCCUCUCUCUUGCCUGUUUCGGCCUCCUACUUGUGGUUAUCAGCUUGGGGACCCAGGCAUCCCCAUUCCCCCAGGACCCAGCCCAGCAAGAGCUGGUGGAAGAGAAGGAGGCUGAGGCAGUGAUGCAAAUGAUUUCUCAAAGCCAGAAUCUAGCUCCUAUCCUGAAGAGAAGAGUUCGCCUUCCCCGUGCUGUGAAGGGUCAGAAACCUCGGCCUCGAAAGGCGAAUGCAGCCCACUACGAAGUUCGUCCAAAAGAAGGGAUGGAUAGAGCUUUGGCUGGGAUGGAUGGGACAGUGAGUGGCUGGGAGGAGGCCAAGAUCAACAGAACCAAUCCACUGAGUUAUGAUGCCAAGAGUGCAGAAUUUACAGUUACCAGGGCUGGCCUCUACUACCUGUACUGUCAGGUACACUUUGAUGAGGGGAAGGCUGUAUACCUGAAGCUGGACUUGCUUGUGGAUGGUUCCUUGGCUCUGCGCUGCCUGGAAGAGUUCUCAGCCACAGCAGCCAGCUCUCCAAGCCAGCAGCUCAGGCUCUGCCAGGUUUCAGGGCUACUGCUCCUACGUCCAGGAGUCUCCCUGAAGAUUCGCACUCUCCCCUUGGCACACCUCAAGGCUGUCCCUUUCCUUACCUACUUUGGACUCUUCCAAGUGUAGUAAUGUUCCUUGACCCCAAGACUGCUUUCCUAGACUCCAGACAAAGCUUUGUCUUCCUCCUUCUUUCCCCUUCCCCAAACAACACUGUUCCUCCCUUUUAUCAGUCCCUACAGCUGUGUCUUUCCCUCCCCCAAUUCCUCCCAGCACUGCCCCUCCUAACCUUCUCUUCUUAUAACUCAGACCCUUCCAUCUCCAGGCUUUGAUGAACUAAUUUGUUCCUAUCUCCUUAUCAGUUAUUCCCAAAGCAUUCCCAACAUUUGUCCUACCGCACUUGAUCUCCCCUGGCUUUUCCCCUUGUCCAUGACCUCAUCUCUUCUCCUCUAUACCCCUACUGCUCAGUUCUGGCCCUCAGUUACUCGGAUAACUCUAAUGGCUCCCUCUCCCCACCCUCCCCCCCAAUACUUCCACCACUCAGUUCCAGUCCCAGAUCCCUCAGCCUUCUAACCUACCUUGUCUUCCUUGUGGAAACAAUGUGUUUGGUAAAGCCUAAAUGCCUGGAUGGGGCCCUGGAAGACCUCCUUCUCACACGGGUACUGGACCUGAAAAGCAGAGAGACUGGGGUGGGGUGUGGGGAAGCUAAGGACACUUGUGGGGAGGUAGGGUGGCUUCCAAAAUUGAGGGGCAGAAGAUAAAGAUUAUUCUCUUCCCUGCAAAAAUCCCUGUGGAUUUUUAAAAAGAUAUUUUUAUUAUUAUUGAAAUGAAUUGUUGGUAAUGGAUAUUAAAAAGGUAAAGUGACAGCCUCUGUUUGACAGGGUAAGGGUGGGAUGGGAGGUUUAGGGACCACAGUAAUACUUGAAGGAAAUAAGGGUUGGAAGAGAACCGGGGGCUUUGGAGGGAGGAGGGAGGACAUACAGACUGCUGAAGGUUGGAGGGGUUGGGAGAAUCUAGGAACAGAAACCACGCAGCCUGAGGGUGGGAUCAUAGGACUUAGAGUUUGAAGGGACUUUAUAAGCUAUCUUGUCCAAUUCCUUCAUUUUAUAAAUGAAGCCAGAAAGGACAGUGCCUUUCAGAGUCACACAGGGAAUAAAUAGCAGAGACAAGAUUUGAACCCAGGUCUUCCAACUCUAAAUCCUCAGCACUUUCCAUUACACAGAACCUAAACCAUGAGAGAGAAAUGAGUCCUCUGACCAAGGUACAACAGAACUUUGCUUCAUUUACCUAUUAAACCUCAGUUUCCUUCUGGAGGGGGAAUCCCUUUGGAUAGGUGGGGCAGGGACUUCCUCCUGGCCGCCUCUAGUACUUGGAACAGGUGUGUGCACAGGGAGGACAGUGAGCUCUGACUCCAUUUUGUGGGGGGACAGAAC